GAUAUUUUGACAAUAAAACUGUUUAUUGCCAUAUGUGUAGUAAGCCAUAUAUAUGCCUAAACUCGUGACUUUUCAAACCGUAUAUAAUGGACAUCUGUGGAUGUUUCACAGCAAAGGGAGUUUCCUAAAUCAACAAAGGUAGGUAAAAGAAAGGUAUAGCUACAUUUAAACAUUACUUACUUUUUGCCAAGUUAACCUUACAAGAAAAUAUUUAGUUUAAAAGUAUGAUGUCAAUUGAGUUUGGAAAACUAAAGAAAAAAACAAAUACAAAAAGUGUUUCAGAAUGAUAUAGCGUGAAUGUUUUUGAUGUUCUAGAUUAGAAAAUGGAGGUGACAACUCAACCCAAAGCAUACGCACAAAAAGACUUUCAGACCAGUUUAUUAAGCUGCUGUGAUGAUAUGGGCGUAUGUUGUUGUGGCACAUUCUGCCUCCCUUGUUUGGGCUGCUCCAUUGCUAGUGACAUGAAUGAAUGUUGUGCGUGUGGUUUGGGAAUGCCAAUCCGAAGUGUUUACAGAGAAAGAUACAACAUCCCGGGAUCCAUGUGUAACGACUGUGUUGUCAAUUACUUCUGCGCCUGUUGCGCGAGCUGUCAGUUAAAGAGAGAUAUUAAAAUAAGGAAGCGUAACGGAGAAUUCUGAAGAAAGCACUUCUUACAGGACAGAUGCGUUUAAGGGCAACACGGUGGAUAUUACUCAACAAAGCACAGCCGAAUCAAGACUAUCCGGUUUAUGAACCAAAGAUCAAAGAAAGUUAAAUGUGUAAAUUAUAUGAAAUGUAAUCAAUCUUUAUAAAAAUGCAGGUUAUCAUGAACUUGUUGCUGUCUUUUGACCAAAA